AUAUAUUAAUAACAGGGAGAGAGAGAGAGAGAGAUAUCGGAAGGAGGAAGAUAGAAAGCUUACUUUGGCUGCCAUCUGAGAGAGAGUGGAGAGCUUUCUUGACUUGUGAGCCAGCGAAGGAAACGAGGAUGGGGAGGAAAAGAGACGCGGAAGCGGAGCUCAACCUGCCACCGGGGUUCCGCUUCCACCCCACGGACGAAGAGCUCGUCGUGCACUACCUCUGCCGGAAGAUGGCCUGCCUGUGCCUACCCGCACCCAUCAUCGUCGACAUCGAUCUCUACAAGCACAACCCCUGGGAGCUACCAGAUAAGGCAUCGUUUGGGCAGAGAGAGUGGUACUUCUUCACUCCUCGUAACAGGAAGUACCUCAACGGCUCGAGACCGAACAGGGCCGCCGGGAAGGGAUACUGGAAGGCAACUGGUGCCGAUAAGCCGAUCUCAGCAAAGGGCAGCGAAAGGACUUUGGGUAUCAAAAAAGCUUUGGUCUUCUACACCGGCAAGGCACCAAGAGGCGUGAAGACCGAUUGGAUCAUGCAUGAGUACAGGUUGGCUGAUGCAAGCCGCAGCUCCAACAAGGGAAGCCUAAGGUUGGAUGACUGGGUUCUUUGCCGGCUAUACAACAAGAAGAAUACCUGGGAGAAGAUGCAGCAACAGCAGGAGACAUCCUCAGGAGAGACCAUGGGUUCGGUGGGCGAGACAGGCUCAGACAGCUUGAGGACACCAGAAUUCGAUGUCGAGCACAAGGUUGGGCUGCCUUAUUUUGAUGAUCUUGGCUAUCCAUCCCAAGCUGCUGCCAGAAUGCAAGCAUCGAGCAACAGCAAAACAACAGCUGGGAUUCAGAUGGCAGAAGAGAGUCAAAAAGAAGAUAACGAAUGGUUCAUGGACUUGAAACUGGAUGACUUGCAGAGCUCUUACAUGAACGUUCGAUCGAUGCAAAUGAUGGAUGCAACAAAUCAAGACUUUGUACCUCCAGUGCCAAGGCCAAAUCAUACGGACAUGCUGCCAUUCUGAACUAAAUUAAAAGUCAAACUGUAAAUAGCUUAGAACUACAGCUACAGGGUGAUGGGAGAUCAAAGAACUAGAAGAAACCAUUAUUUUUUUUCUUUAUUUGAAACCAUUGAUUUGUUUUUCUUUAUUUAUUUUAUGCAUUAUAAACAAGCAUUGGUUAUGAUGCACUUGUAGUGAAUUCCAUCUAGAUAUGCUUGGAGAAACUACUUGCUCUUUCUGAUAAAAGUGUCAAGUGAUUCCAAGGUUUAGCAAUGGAAUCUAUUCUUAUAUUAAGAAAGUAUGAGCAAUAUCUUGUAGUGCUACUGCCUUUUGAUUUAGCAAAUAGAGAUUUUGAGCAUCAAAGAAUACAAACACAUCAAAUAUAAAUAAGCUUUGUACAAAAUUAUCAAAGAACGAGUACUAUGCUGGACUAAGUGUCAUUAAGAUUUUUCCUUCACGACUUGACUAAUAUGGAAAUAAUUUUUUCAUAUA